GACGUCGGACGAAGGACCGGGGUCGAAUACGGCGCCUGUGUUGCGGAGAACCCGGCGGUCGAGGGCUAGUCAACAGUCUGAGACAUCGCAGCUGACCGAUAUGAAUGAGGACGAGGGCGCGAGUGUUGCCAGCGUCGCAACUACCAACGAAGAGGACGAAGAGACGCCGACAGAAUCUCCUGGUACUGUCCAGAAAAGAAAAAGUAUGGCUCCCCGCAAGAGUCGUGUGUCUUUGACGCCCAAUCCGGAAAAGUCCUCACUGCCUACUCCAGAGCCUUCGGCUUCCCCCGAGCCGACACCGCAAAAGCGCCCACAGCGAGACAGCGCGUCACCGCUUGCCGACAUCACCGAGAGGACCGUGAACGAGACCCCGUCGAAACCGUCGGACGAGCCGAAACAAAUCCCCAUCAUCAACCCCAACUCCACUGUCCUAGAGAGGCCGAUGGAUAUUGUCCUGAAGUCCCGUAAUCUCGCAGCCCCCGUGGUCGAAGAGUCAACGGAACCCAAGCCUCGCAUGGUAAUCACACAUCUGGUCCUGAUGAACUUCAAGAGCUAUGCUGGAAAGCAGGUUGUCGGGCCUUUCCACGCCUCCUUCUCAUCGGUCGUCGGUCCCAACGGAAGCGGGAAGUCGAACGUCAUCGAUUCGCUGCUGUUUGUCUUCGGUUUCCGCGCGAGCAAAAUGCGCCAAGGCAAGAUUUCCGCCUUGAUUCACAACUCUGCUAACCAUCCGGAUCUGCCAUUUUGUGAGGUGGAGGUUCAUUUCCAGGAAGUGCUGGAUUUACCCGGUGGGGGGCACGAAGUCGUCAAAGAUUCCCAACUUAUCGUUUCACGGAGAGCGUUCAAGAAUAACUCCAGCAAAUAUUACAUGAACAAGAAGGAGACGAAUUUCACGGCUGUAACGACCUUCCUCCGUGAGCGUGGCAUCGAUCUAGAUCACAAACGCUUCCUCAUUCUGCAGGGUGAGGUCGAAUCUAUUGCCCAGAUGAAGCCUAAAGCAGGGAACGAGCACGAAGACGGUCUUCUCGAGUAUCUCGAAGACAUUAUCGGAACAUCGAAGUACAAAACGCCGAUCGAUGAGGCCGCAGCGGAAGUAGAUACCUUGAACGAUGUCUGUGUGGAGAAGAAUAAUCGCGUCCAACACGUCGAAAAGGAGAAGAAUGCCCUCGAAGACAAGAAGGACAAAGCCAUCUCAUAUAUCCGUGAUGAGAACGAGCUUGUCCGCAAACAAUCAACACUCUACCAAAUCUACAUCGAUGAAUGUGCUGAUAAUAUCCGGGUCACUGAAGAGGCCAUAUUGCAGAUGCAGGAAUUGCUGAAUAUGGAGCUGGAGAAGCACGAGGGCAACGAAACUGGAAUCAAAGAGCUAGAAAAGGCUUACAAACGUGGCACCAAGAACUACGAGGCCAUGGAAAAGGAAACUCAGGCCAUGCUCAAAGAAAUGUCCAAAUACGACAAGGAAUCGGUCAAGUUCGAUGAAAAGAGGAAAUUCCUCCUUGGCAAACAGAAAAAGCUCGAGAAGGCCAUGCAAACUAGUCGCCUUGCAGGAUCAGAAUGCGAAAGUUUGGUAGAAAAACACUCCGACGACAUCGAGAAGAAGACCGGGGAGACUGCCGAACUGGAAAAGGAAAUGAAGGAGGAGGAGCAUGAGCUCGCAUCUAUCCGCGAGGGCCUGAAGGGCAAGACCCAAGGACUCUCCGAUCAGAUCGCAGCAAAGCAGAAGUCCCUGGAGCCCUGGGAUGCCAAGAUCAACGAAAGGCAAUCUGCCGUGGCGGUUGCUCAGAGUGAGCUUGAUAUCUUGCGCGAAAAGAGCAACGCUGGUGCUGUUCUUCUGGAAGAAGCGCAGACUAAGAUUGCCUCCCUCGAAGAGACCCUGGAAGCCAAGCAUUCCGAUCUUGAGGAGUGCAAGGAGCACAAGGAAUCGCUUGCAGCCGAGCUUGCCCAACUGCAACAUGAUCUGAAAAAAUAUUCUCAAAGAGAACCCGAGAUCCGGUCUCACGUCUCCAGCGCUCGACAAAAGGCAGACGAAGCCCGUGCUAGCCUUGCCAGCACGCAAAACCGCGGCAGCGUCCUCACUGGCCUUAUGCGUUUGAAAGAGUCAGGCCGUAUCGACGGCUUCCAUGGCCGUCUUGGUAACCUCGGAACUAUCGACGAGAAAUACGAUGUUGCCAUCUCGACUGCUUGCCCUCAGCUUGAGAACAUGGUGGUGGAUUCGGUGGAAGUUGGCCAGCAAUGUAUCGAUUAUUUGCGCAAAAACAAUCUCGGUCGCGCCAACUUUAUCCUCCUCGACCGUCUUCCUCGAAGAGACAUGUCCACGAUCUUCACACCCGAAAAGGUGCCACGUCUGUUUGAUCUCGUUAAGCCCAAGGAUCCAAAAUUUGCCCCGGCCUUCUACAGUGUGAUGCAGAACACCUUGGUCGCAAAGGACCUAGAGCAAGCGAAUCGCAUUGCCUAUGGUGCAAGGCGCUGGCGUGUUGUCACCCUCGAUGGCCAGUUGAUUGACAUGUCUGGAACCAUGAGUGGUGGUGGCACUCGUGUUGCACGGGGCGGUAUGUCGUCGAAGCAAGUUGCCGACACCACGAAGGAACAAGUCGCCAAACUUGAGAGCGACCGGGAUGAGAUGGAGCGCAAAUUCCAAGGUUUCCAGGAGAAACAACGGCAGAUGGAGGCUCUCAUCCGGGAAAAGUCCGAUGAAAUCCCUCGUACGGAGACGAAGAUCCAGAAGAUUCUUAUGGAAAUCGAGAGUGUUAAACGCAGCCUUGCCGACGCGCAGAAGCGAAUCAAGGAAAUUGAUGCCGAGCACAAGCCAUCAAAGACCGAUGACAGUCGGGCCUCUGCCUUGGAGAAACAGAUCAAGUUGCUCGAAAAGGAGAUUGAGAAGCUCCGGUCAGAAAAGUCCGGCAUUGAGGAGGAGAUCCAAAUUCUUCAGAACAAGAUCAUGGAGGUGGGCGGUGUUCGACUGAGGAGCCAGAAAGCAAAGGUCGACGGCCUCAAGGAACAGAUUAGCAUGCUCGCGGACGAGAUUUCAAACGCCGAGAUUGCUAAGAGCAAGAACGAGAAACUUGUCAUCAAGCACCAAAAGGCCCGUUCGGAAGCUGAAAAGGAGAUUGCCCAAGUCGCUGAAGACCUGGAACAACUCGACAGGGAUAUUGAAAGCCAGGCUAGCGACGCAUCUGAGUCGCGCGAGAAGGCAGAAGAGGCCCAGGAGGCCCUGGAGACGAAGCGAAUGGAGCUUAAAGCACUCAAGACCGAGCUUGACGACAAGAUUGCGGAGCUGAACGAAACCCGUGCUGCCGAGAUUGAGAUGCGAAACAAGCUCGAAGAAAACCAAAAGGCCCUAACGGAGAAUGAAAAGCGCAACCGCUACUGGCAGGAGAAGCUCUCUAAGCUGACGUUGCAAAAUAUUAGCGACCUUGGUGAGGAGCAGCAAUCGAUGGAGCUCCAGACAUACAGUAAAGAUGAGCUUGCGGAAUUCGGCAAGGAAUCUCUCAAAGCUGUCAUCGCAGCCCUGGAGGAGAAGACGCAAAAUGCCUCCGUGGAUCUCUCAGUCAUUGAAGACUACAGGCGGAGAGCAGCUGAGCACGAGGCCCGGUCUACUGACUUGGCUACCGCGCUGGGCUCUCGGGAUGCCGCCAAGGCUCGUCUGGACGGCUUGCGAUCAGCUCGCCUCAAUGGUUUCAUGGAAGGCUUUGGAAUUAUCUCGCUUCGCUUGAAGGAAAUGUACCAGAUGAUCACGAUGGGUGGUAACGCCGAGCUUGAACUGGUGGAUUCCCUGGACCCCUUUUCGGAAGGCAUUUUGUUUUCCGUCAUGCCUCCUAAGAAGAGCUGGAAGAACAUCAGCAAUCUCUCUGGCGGUGAGAAGACUCUCUCGAGCUUGGCUCUAGUCUUCGCUUUGCACCAUUAUCGACCUACUCCACUGUACGUGAUGGACGAGAUUGACGCCGCGCUGGACUUCCGUAACGUCUCCAUCGUCGCCUCAUACAUCAAGGAGAGGACCAAGAACGCGCAAUUCAUCGUCAUUUCCCUGAGAAACAACAUGUUUGAACUUGCUUCCCGCCUCGUCGGUGUCUACAAGGUCAACCAUAUGACCAAGAGCGUGACCAUUGAGAACCGCGAUUACAUUACCGGGCGUUGAGAAUCCGCUUGGAAUGGUUCCUUGUCUAUAUUAUUUGUCAUUUUUUUUCCCUUGUUACAUUUUGGUCUUUUUAUAUCGCAUGAAUCUCCGGGUUGAGAUCUUGGUGAGGUGGAAUGGGUUAUGUGUGGCUGGAUGGCAAUAGGGACUACUUGUCCUUCCUGGCGCUAUUAUCUUUCUGGUGUUUUCUAAUCGGAAUUACUGCUCAUGCAAUGAAUGAAUGGAUCAUUUUCUCUCGA